UAUUUUUUUACAAUAAUAAAAAUAACUUCAUUUUAUUAAUGAAAUCAAAAUGAAAAUGAAAAUAAAGUAACUAAAUAUUUAAUUAUCAACCUAUUUAAUAACUACUUUAUAAAAUAAUAUUAUAAAUUAAAAAAAAAUAAAAUAAAGAAAAUGUCAUCGGAACAUAUAAUAAAUCUUGAGAAAUCGGUACAACAAGCUGGAUCACAAUUAAAUACAGUUGCCGAUAAAUUGGUUCAAGUUGAAAGAAAUUUAGCUGAAAAUAGUGAAAAUGGUGAAUUAAUAGAUGAUGUACGUGUAUUAGAAUUAUUAGAAUCAAUGGCUGAAGUUAAAAAUGAUUAUCAAAAUUUAAGAAAAGAUAUUAAAGAAGUACAGCAAUUACAAAAGGAAAUGACAAAUAGUAUCCGGUAUCAAAUGAAAACUAUGCAUCAAACUUUUGUUAUGCUUAAAAAAAAAAUUGAAAUAAAUAAGGCUUCACAAAACUAAGCCCCCAAAAAUUGUUUAAAAAUAAAACCAAAAGAAAAUAUAAAAUAAUAAAUCAAAUUUCAUUUUUAUUAUUUAUUGUUACAUAUGUGUAAUCGCAUUAUACACAAUACGUCGAUUAUAUAUUAUGCGUAUUAUAUAAGUAUUAUUAUAUGUUAUUUAA